UUAUAGUGAAAGUCGGGUCAUUUUCUCAAAGCUCGCUUCUGCAGAAACGCGUUUCACUUCGACUACAUUGUGCGCUUCUUGACCAUUUUAUGAAUAAGCAGUCUUGGUAUUUUUGGGUGGAAAUGGCUUUGAGCAAAGAGAUAAAGCACCUGGAGCAGAAGACAGUGUUGCUGUUGAUGGGUAAAACUGGAUCCGGGAAAAGCGCCACAGGAAACAUCAUCUUUAAUGAUCGAGUGUUUGAGUCAGAAAUGAGAUCUUCAUCAGUGACCAGAGUCUGUCAGACACACACUGGUGUUGUUAAUAACAGGAGCGUGACAGUGAUAGAUACUCCAGACUUCAGAUUCUCCACUCACACUGACUUUGAUUCAGACUCUGAGCUGAAGAAAGCUCUUGAAUUAUGUUCACCAGGAGCUCACGUGAUCCUGCUUAUUCUGCCUAUAAACACUUUCACUGAGCAGGAGAAGGAUUUCAUUGAUUGGUUUCAGCAGAAGUUUGGUGCAGAAGCUCUCAGAUUUACUCUAGUGCUCUUCACUCAUGCAGAUAAAACACGCCAAAGACCAUUAGGAGAAAUGAUCAGUAGAAAUACUCAAUUAUCUGAUUUUAUUAACCAUUGUGGUCAGAGAUAUCAUGAGUUUAAUAUUAAAGAUCGAUUAAAUAGACGGCAGGUGAAUGAACACUUGCAAAAGAUCGACAGACUGCUGUCUGAAAACAGAACCUCCUACACAUUAGACAUGAUGCAGGAGACUGAGAGGAGAAGAAAUGAGAAUGAGAGGAGGGCAGAGGAAGAGAGUAAAGAGAAAGAACAUCAAACGACAUUAGAGAGUUAGAAUAGAAACAGAGGCACGUGUUAGGAGAGAAUAUGAACAGGAGAUACUGGAGAAACAGAA